UCCUCCUCCGCCCCCCGGAGCCAUGUUGCGGGUCCUGUCCGCCGAGUCUCAGUCUUUCGUAGCAAGUAUAGUAAAUACUGGCUUUACCUUAAAUUAAACCAUGGAAAAAAAUAUCAGUACACUUCGGAAGACACACUUUUUGCGCAAUCAGCAGAGCAAAAAUGAAACGGAUACUCAAGAAGCAAAGUUGGCUCCUACACAGAAAACGUAUUUAAGGGACAAGUAUUGCCAGACCGAUCAUCAUCACCAUGGUUGCUGUGCACCACUUCCAUUGUUGGAGCCUGGCGACCCUCCUCUAUUACAACAACCUGUGCAAACUGCAAAGUCUGGUAUCCUACAGAUUAUUGAAUGUUUCCGAUCAGGAACUACCCAGCUGAAAAACAUGUUGUUAAAAGAGGUGGAUACAAUAUUUGAAUGCAAAACCUGUCGCAGCCUUUUCAGAGGUCUCCCGAAUCUAAUCACUCACAAGCAGUUCUACUGCUUAUCGAAAGGUCGGAUCGAUGAGAAUCCCAUCUAUGAGGGCAAUAAACAGACCGAGUCCAUGAGAAAUCUCUUAGAUACAAUUUAUCCAAAAGAUCAACCUGAAUAUGUAAUAAAUCUGGAGCCUAUUCAGUCCAAUCGUAAUGCAGUCUUCCAGUUUGUUACCCCAGCUGGGGAAGCCAGAGCUUCUAGGAACAACACAUCUGAGGUAGUGGAUGUUCAAACCGAACCGUCUGGGUCUGUUCCGAAGUCUGACUGUACAACAGUAGAGUUUGAAGAAUCCACUUCUACAGAAAGUGUUAAAAUAGAAGAUUUAUUCACUACACCAGCUGAAGCCAAAAGUCGGUUCUCUGACUUGAUAACACAACCUGUGGCAUCUGGUGGCGAGAAUCCAUUUUCAUGUCGCAUUUGCAAGAAAAACUUUCACUCCAGGAGAAGCAUUUGUCGGCACAUUAAAAAAGUACACAAGAAAAAAUUGGAGGAUAUAAAGAAAUUCAUUGAGAUACAAAGUAUACCUACGGACUCUUCUGCACAAAGUCACAUGAGACUGGUUCAUAUGACAGUUGGCAAAAGCUGUCCAAUGUGUAAUAAAUCUUUUGCUACAAAAGCCAAUGUACGAAGGCACAUUCAUGAAGUUCACAAAGGACUGAAACGAGAUUCAAUAACUCCCGAAACACCUGCAAAAUCUAUUAAAAAUAUAUCCAUGAGUACUGCAUCCCCUAAAAAAUCGGUAAAGUCUAUACUGCGUACCCCUAAAUCUGUAAAUUCAGACUUCAGUCUAAGUUCUUGCAAAUGUCCAUAUUGCAAGAGACGAUAUACAUCUCAAUACCUGCUGAGAAAACAUGUACAAAUUGUCCAUAAAACAGCUGUUUCUACAGCAGAUUCAAAGCAAGAUCACGGUUCUAAUACAAAUGGCAAAGUCAAAUUUGAAAACUCAAACUCUGUAGACUCUUCAUCUUCUGUUUCUCCGCAGAGUGAAUUAAAAGGGAAGACGAGUGCAAAUGAGAAAAAGAGCAACCAUGCUACUCAGAAGAACAAAGCUAAAAGUGAAACGGGUUCACCCAAAAGUAGCUCACCUGUAGCAGGGGUGAAGAAAUGUAUGAAGAAGCCAAAGUUUUCAGCUGGCUUUGACUUCAAACAACUGUAUUGUAAACUGUGUAAACGUCAGUUCACAUCCAAGCAGAAUCUAGCAAAGCACAUAGAGCUGCACACUGAUGGAAGUAGCAUCUACGUGAAGUUCUAUAGGUGCCCUCUAUGCUCCUACGAGACGCGUCGCAAGCGGGAUGUCAUACGACAUAUUACAGUGGUGCACAAAAGGACACAAAGAGCUCUGGUAAAAAUUACUGCAAACUUGGAAAGCAGGGCAAUAAAAAAGCCCAUAGAGUCCAUUCUGGAAAAGGUGGGCAAAGGAAACCCACAAAAAGACAAGGUGAAACGUUCUAAUUUGAAACUAGAUGGAGCCUCUGUUUCUCAGAGUAAGAAAUUGGAGGGAGGAGAUACCAGCAUUGAAGUCAAAGUGACCAAAAACUUCUCUUUACUUAAAUGUAAGAAGUGCGGCAAAGCAUUUGCCAAAAAAACUGAUUUGGAUCAGCAUAAAAAAAAUCAUAAAGCCAAUCCAAACAAUACUGCCGUUGACUCAAAAAGCAAAGGAAGAAGUACACGUUCUAAAACUACUGUGUAAAUGGUAUUCUUGUCGCAGCUCUGAAACGUUUUUGAGUGAACAGUGCAGGGUUUUUAUUUACUAAAAUCCAAUUUUAACACGUUAAAUAUUAGUUGUAAAAAUCAGGCUAAAAUAGCCAAGCUGUGACUGGAGCAGAGGUGUUUUUGUUAAUCCCCCC